AUGGCGACUGCGGAAUGUCCCACUGGCGCAGUACCUGAUCCUGAUCCAAGGCCAGUUUUCUUCUUUGACAUAGACAAUUGUCUCUACUCUCGAGAAUGCAACAUCCAUGAUGAGAUGCAGAAAUUGAUCCACCAGUUCUUCGUCAAGCACCUCUCCCUCUCCGCUGAAGACGCCCACAUGCUCCAUCAGAAAUACUACAAGGAGUACGGUCUUGCAAUUCAGGGCCUCACACGUCAUCACACCAUUGACCCCCUUGAAUUCAAUCGCGAAGUCGACGAUGCCCUCCCCUUAGACAAAAUUCUCAAACCAGAUCCGAAAUUGCGCAAGUUACUCGAGGACAUCGACAAGUCCAAAGUGAAGAUGUGGCUGCUCACGAACGCUUAUAUCACACAUGCCCAACGGGUCAUCAAGUUGCUGAAAGUGGAUGAUCUGUUUGAGGGCAUCACAUUCUGCGACUAUUCGCGGCCUCCGCUCAUCUGCAAGCCAUCCCAGGACAUGUAUGAGAAGGCGGAGAUUGAAGCCAGGGUGCCGAGCACGGAGCAGUGCUACUUCGUUGAUGACUCGCACUUAAAUUGCAAACACGCCGCGGAACGUGGCUGGACUACUGUUCACCUCGUCGAACCGACCCUCCCGGUCCCUCGGGUUCCGGCCUCGCAAUACAUGAUUCGAAGCCUUGAGGAGCUGCGGACACUGUUCCCACAGUUCUUCAAGGCUAAUGUCGCAUGA